UACCAUCGUCACUAGAUCCCCAUUGUCACUAGAUCCCAUCCUCCACCACCAUGUAUGCUUCUUCUUCCUCUGGUCCGCAGGAUCCCGACAUGGAGUUGCUCCCGCUGAUACCAAGGCGCGUGGUGGUCCAGAUUUCGGCAGGGCCAUGGUGCUUAUGCUGGGCGCCGCAUUGAUUCUUCUCAUGUUCUUGCUUGGCAUCUCUGUCCUCAUACUGGCAGUGGUGUAUUUUAAGUGAGGCGGCCAUUAGGCAUAGUUCUGAUAGUUUAGGUGCUGGCAGUAGAUGCAUCAGGUGUUCUCCUGUGCUUGUACCGGGUGCAUGACAGCUAGUUUCAGUUAUGUGUGUCAUUAUGUAUGGCUGAUGUGAUUUCGACCAUGGACUAUCAGUUUAGGAUCUCACAAAUGACCCUAUGUUAUGUUAUGCCUGUGUGUUAAUCAGCUUAAAAUGGCAGAAUGAGUAGUUAAUGCUUUCGUUUUUUUCUGUCUCUUUAUUAUCGUCCGGUUUUCACAAAUGCAAACGAGCAGCAUGCUGGCCAUGCGAUCAGCAUUACAACUGUAAAAUACGCGCCAUGGGCUCAUUUAUUUUACCUUGACUCCGCCUCAACUACCCCAGCACCCACCAUGUACCACCCCACCCCUGUCCCAACUACUAGUCAUUUACCAUCGUUGUAGCUUCUCCACAUGGGUCCGCUGCUCUUCCUCUCCGAAGUUGUCUCGCUCUGGGAACUGCGAUGAUGACAAACUAGAAGUUGAGCAGAUCCCCAUGCCGCAGGGUCGGACCUCAGACACAGAUCCAAAUCUGGAGCAAGCACCCAACUGCACUUCAAGGAUGUCAGUGAAGCAAGUUGUCGCAGUUAUCAAGGAUUUUAGCGAGUACAAGAAGUGGCUUGUGACUGAGAUCGGUUUUGGAGGUAUGCUUGACCUCCCAACGCACCAGAAAUUUAAUCUCAGGCUUAGUGCAUGGCUAAUGAGCAACGUGAGAGUACACCGGUGUGCGAUUCACAUCACUGAGAAGGUGUUAAAAUUUUGGGCAGAGGAUGUUGGAAAAGUUUUCGGCAUACCAUGUGGCAGCCAGAUGUCAAGGGCCGGGAUGCGGAUGUAAAUCCUAAUUCUGUUGAUUUUAUCAAACGCACCUUGAGGAUGGAUCAAGUUGGAGCUCACAGCCUUCGAGCUGCAGAGGAAUUCCUGAAGCGGGACAUAACAGAGGAUUCUGGCAAGCUGGAGAAGAUUGUUUCCAGAUUGCUUUUGUUAUCGUCGUGAUGGGACAUAUUCUGGUGCCUUCCACGAAGCACAAUUAUGCCACCAUAGAUUUUUGGGGAGCACUUGCAAAUCCGGAGAACAUUCAACAAUUUAAUUGGUGUGAGUAUGUACUCAGCUGUCUGACGGAUUCGGUUACCAAAUUGCAAAAAGAUUUGGUGAUGAAUGUUCAGACUAUCAACCUCACUGGCUGUCACUUGUUUCUUCAGGUUUUCUUCCUUGAUAACCUUGAACUUGGUAUUUUCACGACAAAACAUGAUGUUUUCCCGAGGAUCAGUGCCUUUGACAGGGCCACACUUAGACGAAUGAUCACCAUGGCCACGGACAUUGGCAAGUCGCCAAGCACCUACACUAGUGCCAUGGGAUCCUCAUGGGCUUUGCUACACGAGAUCAAAUUUUAUGUCCUCGGUUGGUAACUUACGAGACGCGGAAUACGGGCCUAAUUGGAGUACACCACCUCAAUGUUCCACUAGGGCUGCAAUCGGUCAGCCAACGAGCAUUCGAUGUUCGCCUCACACGGCGAGCUCUUCAUUCCCUUCAGGGCAAUUUUCUGCGUCAGACUUCUCCAAUUUCAUUGGACUCAACUACCCUCAGUUGUUUGGUGAUCCACUCGCAAUCGUGUUGAGGCAACAAUACGCGAGGGUGGUACUCCACAUGAACACUGCGAUGCAGAAUAUCCAGGAAGACAUGCACUCGUUCGCCCAAAAAAUGUUCUUUAACUUGUAGAGCCGUUGCAUAUGCUGCUCUAUUAGAGGUUAUCUGGAUUGUCCAAUGCAUGAUCGUUCAUCAACUCCAGACCCUUCGAUGCGAACCCCUGCUGCACUGAGCAUUCCUGGUCGACGUCUAGAUAUGACAGCCAUGGCAGAUACGAACCCCUCCCCAAGCCCUAACUACCGAUCCAAGCGCGCCGCUAGUGAUCCACUUCUCGUUGAUUCAUGUAGACCAAAGAGGGACCAUGGUUCUAGCACAACUUAUUCAGUUCGCCUUUCUGAGUACGCUUCGUCAGUUAGCAGCGUUGUCUUGGAGGUGUAAAUCCGCCUUAACUGCGAUGACCCUGAUGCCCCCGUGUUUGCCCAUUCACUGAGGCCGUUGCCUCAGAGGAAAUACGUCACAUCGUCUGGCUUUGCAAAAAAAAAAAUCCUUGGAUGGCAGGCUAUUGUCCUGCUCCCCCGCAGUCUACUGUUCUUAUGGAGCAGCUCCAAGAUUUCAUGCGCAAUGCUAGCGCGGAAUGUUUGAACAGCAAUUGGAUAGUCCACAACACUCCUCGUCACCUCUCCGUGUCUGGUCUGCAAAUCAGGAAUCAGUUCCUUGCCCCUGUCGAUCUUCAGCAUGAAAUGGCUACUCUCCUGUUUCGACGCUGCAUUAAGAUUUUCAUGGAAGAAAACCCAGAUCGUCCAUACAUGAGCUUUCCUCACAUAUUGGACAAUGGCUUGGCGGUGUUAGUUCUUGCUGGUAUGGAUUUCAUCCACCUGAUCCAAAUACAAGAGCAGUUUGUUGGACAACACAUUCUCUACCCCCUGCACACUUGCCAGAACUUUUAUGUUCCAGUGCCAACACCACAUGGCUGGUCACUCUAUUUAUGGGACAUGGUUGCAACUGAAGUACAUGUACUAGACCCUCUCUCUGGUCCUAGUGGGUGCACUCCCGAAGUUCGAGCUAUGCACGAAGCUGCAGUCUCCAUAUUGCACGACGGUUUGUUCAAGUGUAUAUCAGAGUUUUUCUCGGGAUGGCCUGUGAGUAAAGAAAAUUGGACCACUAAGUACCCUCGAGUGGCUGACACUCUUUUCUCUAGGGAAGAUUCUGCAGUAUGUGUCCUUCAUCUUCUUCGAUUCUACAAUGGCAGCAAGGGAACCGUGCCACUAACUAAGAACAAUAUUGACAGGAUGCGCCUUCAUUUAUUCCAUGAAACCUUCAAGUUACAAGGCAACAAAUCUUCUGUGCCACCAGACGUGAUGUGGAACAUCUUAGCGCCUGACGACAUAGCUGAUGAAACAUCCGUAGUUGCAACUUAAUGAGAGCUCUGAUGCGAUGUUGUUGAUUUCUUAUGUCAAACUUGUACCAUGACUUACUGCAAGUUUGUAAUCAUCAUGUGUUUCGGUGCAUGAGUCCUCCUGUGUCUGGACAUGUAACCAUGGAUAGAGUUUUACUAUAUACUUUGGUCAACCCUGCAGCUCCAUUCGUUUU